AUGUCUGUCGAAGCUCCCAAGCCCGUCGAAGAGACACCAGUCGUCGAGCCUACAAAGGUUGCCGCCGAACAACCAGAGACCACGACCGAGCCCACGGAAACUGUGACGGCUCCCACCGAGGCGACUGAGACUGCACCUGCUGUCCCUGAAGAAGCCGCUGCUACAACCGAGGAGGUCAAGAAGGAUGAGGCUGCCGAGAUUGUCCCUGCAACGGAGGGUGUAUUGGGAUACAAGGAGCCAACUUUCUUCAAGAAAUUCAUCUUCAGCAAGCACUACUUCUGGUUUCAAGAAGAGCCGUCCACUGCCGAGUCAUUGACCAAUUUCAUGCGGUCCGAGAAGGCCGACACAAAACACUCCGAUGCUGCAUGGGCACGAGAGACCGGGAAGGGAUUGCUCUUCUACUCCAAGCGUGCGGAGGACAAGGCGACGCCAACUGGUAUCAUCAAUUUGUCUGAUGCCUCGACUGUUACCAAGGAAGGCCUCCAAUUCUCCUUCAAGGCCGGUGCUCAUGUCCACCGGUUUGAGGCAUCCUCGACCAAAGAACGGGACAGCUGGAUUGCUGCCGUUGACAAGGCUAUUGAAGAGGCAAAGAGCUUGAAAGAAGAGAUUACUGGAAGUGAGAGCUAUAAGAAGAACGUCGAGGAAUAUGCCAAACCCACAAUUGUUCCUGCUGCAGCGGCUGUCAAAGCUUCCCGCUCAAAGUCCAAAGAACCCAAGAAGUCGGUUGACGCCUCUACUGCCGCUGCCGCUGCCGCUGCUGAUGCUGCUGCCACUUCUAGUGACGCGGAUGAGGCUACAAAACCUGCUGCUGAGCGUUCUCAGUCGCGGAAACGUGGCAGCAUCUUCGGUACGCUCCUUAGCAAGAAGGAAGAACAUGCUGAGAAGAAAGAGGAGAAGCCAGAAGUUCCUGCGAAGGAGGAACCUAAGGAAACCACAGAGGCAACUGAGGCCGCCACAGCCAGUGCUGUGCCUGCCGCCGUUGUCGCCACUGACAAGAAAGAGGAGAAGGAAGAUGCGAGUCCGACCGAGAAGAACCGCAAGCGUGGCUCCGUCUUCGGCAGCCUCUUCAGAAAUCGCGUAGCAAGCCCUACCACCGAGAAGAAUGAAAAGGAUGCCAUGGCAAGCAGUGACGUUCCUCCAGUCUCGGAGACCGCUCCCAAGAUUGAGGAGCCGAUUGAGAACAAGCCCAUCGACGCUGCGGCUGUGACUGCCCCGGUCGACACCGUCACCACUCCUCCAGUUGAAGAGUCCGCAGAAAGCUCCGCUGCGCCCAAGACGGAGAAGAAGGGCGGUUUGAUCAGCUUCAUCAAGAAGACUGAAGCUAAGCUUGAAGGCAAGAAGGAGAUCAAAGAAGAGACCAAAGAGGAAAAGGCUGCUGAGGCCAUCGCUAAAGACCCUGUCGCUGCCGCCAGCGCCGAGCCAACCGAAACCGCUGCUCCCACCGAGACCGCCGCGGAGACCACGCCUGCUGCCACCGAAGAGCGCCCUGCCCGUGACAACAAGCGCCGCACUUCUCUCUUCUUCAACAAGAAGCAACCUGAGACCGCAGAAGGCGAAGACACUGUUGCUGAGCCCAAGCGGGAAAAGUCGCCUCUCCCAGGUGGCAAAUUCAUUGGCCAGCUUGUCCGUCGCGCUAGCAAAGCGAUCAAGUCUGAGGGACCAAAGGAGAAGACUCCUGCUGAGCCUGCCGCAGCCCCUGCCAGCGCGACUGAAGCUCCGGUCCCCGAAACCCCGGCUGUUGCUGCAGAACCUGCCGAGACCAAGCCCGUUGAACCUGUCCCGGAGCCCGUUCAGACCAUGCCCGAAGCUGUGGUUACGACAGCCCCAGAGGUCAAGGCAACCGCUUGA